AUGUCAUCAGAUUUGUACAGGGACUGCAUCACUGCAAGGGAUCCAGCCAGCCAGGGGUGAAGAGUUGAUGACUGUCAACCCAACUCUAAUUAGGGCUACUUCAGGCACGAAGCGAAAAAACUUCACAACUGCAAGAGGCAUCGUAAAUAUGUGGACACGUUUCCUUUAAGACUCCCCCCUCCCGGGUUGACAAUUGUAGCGGGUGUGACGUUUCCCACAUCUCGUCGGCUAAGGAAAAUAUGCUGUUCUACGCCUUCUAAUCCGGAGAAUUUCAACCUUGUAAUGAAAUUGUAACCAAAGAGGACAGRUAUGAUUUCAUAAACUCAAUGGAAGUGMUCCCGUCAUUUCAACWUCCAUCCAAAAAGAACAACAGAACGUCUCGACAGGAACGUCUGGGUUUUGACAGAGCUUUCGACCGAAGUAGCAAGUUAUCAUUGCCCUGACUGAACCGCGAGACAGUUUGUAGACCAACUGCAAGCCUACCCAUCUCGCCCUUUCCUGGCCAGGGCUAACCGCCACACAGUGACAGGACUGUCUGUGUCGACUGCUGCCCAGAUGCCCGGUGGAGGAUGCCUUCYCAACAGCUAGACAUGGAGGUGAUGACACCCCUCAUCGAGAACCCUGGAGGAGGAGGGCAGGAGGAGGAGAACUCUGAAGAGGACCAGGAUCCAGAGCUGCUSCCUGUCAGACACUAUGAGCUGGGCAACAGCCACCAGGGCAUCACGUUUACUCAGGCUCUCAUCCACCUGCUAAAGGGGAACAUUGGAACUGGGUUGCUGGGUCUUCCCCUGGCAGUACGCAACGCAGGGGUCAUAGUGGGGCCUCUUUGCCUGGUGCUGAUGGGUGUGGUCUGUGUUCACUGUAUGCACAUCCUGGUUAACUGUAGCCACCACCUGUGUGAGAGGUUGAAGAGACCUGCCCCUGGGCGUACAGUGUGACACACGUGGCCU